AAAUCGGUUUUUCUUCGUUCAAGCAUGCCGCCCUCCUACUGAAAGUAUACCAUUUAUACCCGCUAGAUCCGAAUGUUCCGCUGCCGACUCUAUGGGCCAUUUUGACUUCACGUGUGGAAAGAAUGGGCGAGAAUACGGCUGUGACUGACGGUCGAUCUCAGGCCAGAAGGCAGGAAGGACGAGUUCCGUCUCUCACCACAGAUCCUCCCAUACUCUUAUCUCGCCCCAAUCGGUCCCUACCUUUGUUCUCGCCACGCCGAGCACACGUGUAUCACUGCGAGCCUCGCUGGGUGCGCGUUCUGUGACGACCUCGGAUUCCGUCUUUCCCAACACGGACUGGAUCCGAACUGAGGCGCGGAUUCAAGGGAACAGGCUUGGAUCCAUGCGCUGUGUGGGCUGGAAGAUGAUGUGUGCUUGAGGCCAUGCACCCACCUCCUUCACACCUCUCACUCUACACCUCGCACCGUCGCCGUUUCAGCUGCAGCUCGAUGUCUGCUCCAUCGACGCAAGAACAAUCGCCGCACCCACAAUUGGCAUCGUCGCUCCCAGACCCGCUCCGCGCCCUGCCUGGAUACUCUGAAGCCAGCGCUCCACCUCCAAGCGCACUCCGCCCGAACCCGAAAUCCAGGCCGAAAUCGAAAUCGAAGUCUAAAUCCACCGAUCAGCAGCCGACGACGAGAUCCCGCAAACGCAACCCCGCACCGCGCCGGCACUCCCGUGACUCGCUCAUCGACAGCAUCGCCGCGCACCUGCUCUUCGUCCACCCCUCCAGCAGGGGGUGCACCCCGUCUCCGUCCCCGCCGUCGACGGCCGAGUCCGCGCUGGCGACGCUGCGCACGGUGCUCGACGCGCACGACGCACUCCACCGCGCACUCGCGCAGACACAGACGGACCUCGGCAUGAGUGCGGUGCAACUACGCGCGGCGCGGGCCGAGCUCGCGCGCACGGAGGCGGAGCUGGGGCGCACGGAGGCGGCGCGGAGGGCGGCGGAGGAGGGCGCGGCGAACGCGAGGGGGGCCGUACGGCGGAUGGAGGAGGAGAGGGCGGUGAGCGAUGCACGGGAGCAGGGGAGGAGGUUUGGGUAUGAGAUGGGGCUGACUGAGGGCAGGAUGGAGACGGAGGUGCGGCGGGUAGUUGCGGAAAGGGCCGUUCUUGCUGCUGCUGGGAGAGACCAGGCUGGGACGGCCGAGAGUAGGUCGCGGCCGAGAACGUCCAGGUCGUCCCGGGCCCCGACUCGGAUAGCCGGUGACGCCCAUGAAUCUUCCGUUGUGCGCCAUAGAUCCAUCAGAGCAACUUCCCCUCCUUCAGUUCCACCGAGUGCCGACAACAGCCCCUACGCGCCGACGCUGCCAGACCUCGCUGAAAGGUCCGCUAGAGCGAGAGUGCCGCGAAGUUCCAGCACACACGAGACGAGUCCCACCACCAGCCCUUACGCACCGACACUACCCCUCCACAUCUACCCUUCUUCGCCGACAGAUUCGUCUCUGUCACACUCGGAAUACCGGGACUCCCCACCACUCAGCUACGCAGUGACAGCUGGAUCUCAGGAGCUUUCUCCCCUGCCAAUGCACCAUCCGGAAUCUUUCCGUGACGAAAGAUCAGCUCUGUCGAGCGCAUCCGCACGACAUGCACGCCAACGCGCACCGUCGAAUGUCUCGACACGACUAUCCCAGUUCGACCUUCUUCGCUCCCCGGCAGAGACUCACAGCUCGUCCAGUCGACCUUGGCAUAUCGCUAAUCUUGGGGAGAGGGAUGUUUCUCCACUUAUCUCUAGCCAGAAUGCGGAGACGAGUCCCUACUCGAGGGUUCCCAGCGAGCUGGCCCUGCCUAUCCCGUUCGCGUCGCCCUCUGUGCGGCAGUCACCCAACGCCCCGAGGGCCGACUCCUACUUCCACCCCCACCACCACUACCACUACUAUUCCGCGUUCGAGCCGAUGUCGCCGCCGCGCCCGUCCGUUCCGGGGAUCGAUUUCCCACCGACUCCGCCGACGAGCAGUCUGCGUAUGGUCGGGCAGAAGCGCGGGGCCCUCUCGUGGCUCCGCAGACGGCUCAGUCGGCGGUUCUCGAGUGCGAGUUCGGCUGGGCAGAGGCCGGAGAUCGAUCCGGAGCCUGAAGCCUGAGGUCUCGCGUGUGCAAUCUCGCGUGGGUAUUGCCCGGCGUUGUGACUGGCGUAUGUGUAUCGUGCCAGCUGUUCUUUUGAUUCUAUGACUCGAUAUGCCGUAUGUUCUUCUAUGCUGUAUGCUAUCUCGAAAACCAUGCCUGCCUCAUUUGUUCUUCCAUCGCGCCAUCCCCAUCACGCCCGGUGUAUCACAGCCGUCUCCACGUCCUAGCAGACUGUUCACAGAUGCACAUAUCAAUGAACCCCGCAGAAAGCGACUGGACGGAUGAAGAUGAUAUGAUGCUUUGCACUUCUUGUGCGGCAGGCAGAUUCACCAGCUGAGACGUAAGGCUUUCAGGAUCAGGAGGUCUAGAGUGGCGUCGCUGCUGUACUCGGAAAACGUCCAUCUGCUGUACGUAGAUGUGGGUUGAUACGCACUCCUCGCACCGGCUUUUCGGCCGCGAUCAGUUGGGCCUGCAGUACAUAAGGUCUGUUACGUUGGCUGAGUUCUUCCUCGCUCAGAAUCCUCCGCGCAGUUUCGUUCUCGAUGACGGUCGGGAAAUCUCUCAAGCUCGUUGUCAUGGUUCUCUCUCUCGGCGCUCAGAGUGUGUUGGCCGGUAAAAGCAUGUCCGAGCGGCUCGCAGCGUGCGGACCGGGUCGGCAAAUUAUCGCCAAUGCCACGAUCGGCGGGGAGGCUCACUUCAGCAUUACCUCCUGCCCAGCGGCGCUCGCAGCCCGCGUCCCGGAGGCAGAGCCGUUGACUCUGGAGAAGAGGCAGACCUGCACAUCCUGCCCGUGCUCGAACGGCUCGUUCCCGUGCUACUGUAGCGCCCCAGGCCAGGCCGGAAACGAGCUGCUGAUCCUCGGCUGCAGCGGGUCGACGCCCGUGAACGCCUCGACGCCGGUGCCCGUCCCCGCCGACUGCACCGCGCUCGCGGGCCUCAUCGCGGGCGCCCCAGCCAGCCCUGGCCUCGACGCCGGCGCCCCGCCGCUCGUGAACGGAUUCUACAGCAUCCCGCGGGGCUCGAUCCUCGCGUGGAGCUACAAGGGGUGUGCGCUUGCGUUCUUCAACGACGUCGCGGGCGCGUAUGGGAUUUGCGCCGCGGAUCUGGGCCACACGGUGAAGGCGCUGGCAGGCUAUUGCUCUGGGGUCGAUAAUAUCGAUGGCCAGUUUAGGAAUAACCCUUUCAUGAGCGUUCUGGUGUAUAACCCAGCCGAGCUAUCUUGAAGGCUCCAGUUGAAUCGGAAUUUUUUCUUGGUUAAUCACAGGCGUACUGGGCGAGGAGUGAUCGGUGUUCUUUUUAUUGCUUUGAGAGCGGAAUAUACUCGGAUGCAUGCUAGGACUCGUCAUCUCAGUGAGCUAAUGAAUGACAUUCUCAGCGAGACAGAUCAAAGACAGGUCGAAGACAGGCUGACGUCCACGGGCCGACUAGCGCUUUGAUAGUUCUACAUAUGCAUCCCAAUAAUGGAAAAUCGAGCGUCAUCGAAACACAAAACGCACGUGUUUCACUCGGCUCCCAUUCGGCAUGUUGGUUUACUGCCCACUGCCGGUUCAUUCACACCUAAGACCUUUCUGAGAUACUCGGCCGGCCAUCUGUCCUAGAUCCACCCGUCUCGUAGGCUUUUACAUAACAGGUCACCGGACCUUGUAGCCUCUAUUAAUCAAACGCCUCGCGACAUUCAGGUUCUCUGGCCCAAACGCAAGCCCCGUCGCAGUUAUCUAUUCGCAGAUAGGGUACCCAUCCCACCCAAUGGCCUUGCUCCGGCCCUCCGUGGCUGUGUCAUAUUCUGCAGGGAGAUGGUUUCACGCCAAGGAUCCCACAGGACCGGCACUCCAAGUAGAGUUUCGCGGGAGAUAAUGGGCUCGGGUACCCACGGGGUUCUGAUGCUGGGCUCUGCUUGUGCGCUUGCAGCCCGUUUCGGGACUUGUAAAACGGGUUCGAGGAUCCGAUUAGGGCUUUUAUUCCGGUUACAACUAAAAGAGCCCCACUCUCUCCGGAAUGAACGUAACACAAUCUAUUGUCUGCCGUCAGAGUCUCUCUCGCUCUCGCUCUCUCCGUGGGCUUCUUGGCGGAUGGAAAUGGUAUAAAAUGUCUACGGCGCAGUUCAACGAUGAGACACACACUCCUCGCCACCAGUAAUUUCUAGCACGAACUCACUGUCUGCCAAAUGCUGAUAUCCUCCUUUUUCCUGCUCACUCUCCUGGCCGGUGGAGCGUGCGCCGUCCCCGCGGCCCAAAGUCCACUGACGAGCGUGGCCCUGGAUUAUGCGACCUUCACCGGCCGCGCGAACAAGACGACCGGACUGACGUACUUCCUUGGCAUGCGCUUCGCGGACGCACCUACGGGAGACUUGCGCUGGCGCGCCCCCGUCUCGCCCCCGUCGACGUCGCUCGGGCGAGUGAGCGCCACAGCAUACGGCUCGGCGUGCAUCGGCGCGUCGCAGCGCAACGCAGGCGCGACGACGAGCGAGGACUGCCUAUUCGCGAACGUGUACAUUCCCACGAGCGGUACGACCCCGACGAGCAAGCUGCCCGUGCUCGUGUUCAUUUAUGGCGGUGGAUUCGAGUCGGGCAGGUCGAGCAAGUUCCCGCCGGAGGACCUGCUGCCGGCGUCUACGCAGCCGCUGAUCCUCGUGACGUUCAACUACCGCCUGGGGCAAUUCGGGUUCCUCGCGGGGACACCCGUCCACGACGAGGGCGUGAUCAAUGUUGGGCUGCUCGAUCAGCAAGCGGCGCUGAAAUGGGUGCAGCGCUAUAUCAGCCUAUUCGGGGGAGAUCCUACGCGCGUCACGCUCUGGGGCCAGAGCGCCGGAGCUGGAUCGCUCGUGUAUCAUAUGAUAGCCCAGGGAGGAAAUGGUAACCAAGGGCUGUUCAGUCAGGCGAUCGGCGACAGUCCACCCACGCUCUAUCUUCCCUCCUACGACGAUCCCCACGUCACGGCCUUAUUCGACACCUUCAAUUCACUCGCAGGAUGCGACGAUGAAGGGGACGACAGUGCCUCGAUUAUGGAUUGCCUGCGGAGUGCAUCGACCGCGACGAUCGCUUCAGCAGGCGCGGCGACUCUGGACGCUCUGCCGGAUGCGCUAUUCCCGCUCGGGCCGAUUCUCGAUGGCGUGUAUCUCACCCAACGGACCUACGACGCGUUGUCGAGCGGGAGCUUCAUGCGGGUGCCCGCCAUAUUCGGCUCAAACACGAACGAGGGCGCGCGCUGGUCCGCCACCAUCACCGAUCCGAGCGCCAACACGUCGAGCCCGGACGCGGACGAGGACACGGUGUACAACUUCCUCGUGGGCCAGUACCCGACGCUCACGCAGGACACGUUCUCCGCCGCCGUUGCGCAGUACUACCCCCUCUCGGCCUUUGCAGGGAGCUUCAGUCUGCAGGGGCAGCAGAUGUACGGCGAGCUGCGGUACAUCUGCACGUCGCUGCUGGGCGCGCGGUCCGCCGUGGCGCAGGGGCUCCCUGCUUAUGGAUACCGUUACAAUAACCCCCUCAGAGGGUCUAAUCACGGCGACGAGCUUGACUCGUUCUUCCUGACCCCGCCGACGGUCAAUGCGGCCGAUGCGGCCCUCGUGUCCAACAUGCGGCAGUACUGGACGUCGUUCGCCACCACCGGGACGCCAGCCGCUGCAGGAGCGCCCGUUUGGUCUACUUUUAAUGUUCCGGCGACGCCUCCUGGCACCCGAAUCCUCCUCCAGCCCGGUGGUGUGGCGAUGGAAGCGGUCGAUUCGGGGUUGCUGGAUCGUUGCGCAUUCUGGGCAAGCGUCAAGGACGAGCUGUACAUUUGAAACCCAUAGAAGAGCAGGCUAACGAUCGCCAUUGGUGGCAUGACACUUGAACUGGACAUUCAUGAUCCCAAACUCAAACUGUUGUACUUUACGAGAACAUUUAUACAUGUUGACGACAUACUCCCCGUAUAUAUCUACACCAGAGCCCAAAUCCAACUCACCAGUCUGACCGGAAUGUUUUCAAUCAAACGUGAGCCUCUGGAACAGUUGCU